AUGAGGAACCGCCAACUCGGCGUCCUCGGCGCCCUCGUCUUCUUUCUCUUCUGCAUUUACACGCUCUCCAAGCAGUUGCCCGACAGCUAUAAACGUCCUCUUCAGCAGCCACAGCCUCCGGUACAGGCACCUCCCAAUAAGCCUGGGGAUAGCGCCGGCGACACUUCCUCCAACGCCCAUACCAAAAAUGACCCAAAGCCGAAGCCGGCCCCCGGCGGAUCCCAUCCGAUAUGGCACCUCGUCAAAGAUGCCGAACAGGACCUUGAAAAGGUGAAGGCGCGCCAGUCGCGCACGCUACAGGAAGCUGUGGCCGAGUAUCGCCGUCGCUACGGCCUGCCCCCGCCUCCGCACUUCGACAAGUGGUGGGAAUUUGCAAAGAGCAAGGAUGUGCAGCUUAUAGACGAGUUUGACACGGUGAUGGAGCUGAUCACACCCUUCUGGGGCCUGAAGCCGUCGACCAUCCGGGCGAGGGCGCGGGAGGCGAUCGGUUUCGACAACGCGCUCAUGGGUCUGCAGAUCCGCGGGGGCAACGUAACGCUCUUUCAGGGAGGGGACGAUUGGAUCCAGGAGAGCAUACGUGGGAUGAUGCAAGAAUUUGUCCAGCUGCUUCCCGACAUGGACCUGGCCUUCAACAGGAACGACGAGCCGCGCGUCGUGGUUCCACACGACGACAUGGUACGAUUAGUUGAGCGCGCGCGAACAGUCAGCAUGCCGGCCGCGAACGCCAAAAAACUCUUACGCAACGGCUUCACCGAGAAGCCUGAGGGUCUGAACUACGACGGGCGCUUCGACGAAUUCAAGCUGACGCGCUUCAAUGUGAUGGCACACCAACCAGUCUGGACGCACUCUCGCAUGUCGUGCCCACCCGAGUCACCUACCCGCAUUCUCGAAGAAGCUGACCGCUACGACGCUAUCGACAAGUACGCUCUCGGGGACCUCGGCUUCGUCUACAACGUCACCGCCAUGUCCGACAUCUGUCUCUCUCCUUCCCUCGGCAAUACGUACGGCUUCUUCGAGCGACCUAACGCCUACGGCGUGGUACAUGACCUCUUUCCCAUCUUCUCCCAAUCCAAAAUCUCGUCCUACUCGGACAUCCUCUAUCCGUCCCCCUGGUACUGGGCCGACAAAGUUCCGUACAAAGAAGCUAAGGACCCGGCAUGGGACAAGAAACUCGACCAGCUCUACUGGCGAGGGUCGACGACGGGUGGUUUCUCGCGCAACGGCGGGUGGCGGCGGCAGCACCGUCAGCGGUUCGUGCAAAAGAUCAACGCCGGCGAUCAGGCCCGCGUCCUCGUCAGCGCAGAUAAGCAAGGUGAAAAGUGGACUGUGAAGGAAGUCCCGCGGGGCGACUACAAGCAACUGAUCGACGUAUCCUUUUCGCACAUUGGCCAGUGCGACCAGGGCGACUGCGACGCGCAGAAGGAGUUCUUCACGGUCCAAAAGUACGCCAAGCAGGAGGCGGCAUUCAAGUACAAGCACGUGCUCGACAUGGACGGCAACGCCUUCUCAGGCCGCUUCUAUGCCCUCCUCAAAAGCAGGAGUCUCGUGUACAAGUGGGCCAUCUUUCGCGAGUGGCACGCCGAAUGGCUCCGCCCCUGGGCGCACUAUAUUCCGCUGAGUCUGCAGGGCGAGGAGUGGCUGGAGGCGGUCCGCUUCUUCAAUCAGGAGGAUCUGGGCAAGAAAGAGGCGGAACGCGUGGCCAUCCAGGGACGGGAGUGGGCCGCGAAGGUGUUGAGGAACGAGGAUUUGGAGGUGUGGUUUUUUCGGCUGUUGUUGGAAUAUGGUCGUGUGAUUGACGACGACAGGGAAAACAUUGGGUUCCUCAAUUGA